AAUAGCCCUUCACGUGUUCUCAUCGGCCAGCCGCUGCAGAAUGAUUUGGACGUUGGCGUCGCGACGCGCCGGGGCGAACCUGUUUCGGUGAACGUCUUCUCUGGCAUCUCGAUCCUGUCGCCAGGGGCAACAACAGGUGUGAUCGAAAGUAUUGACCGUAUCCUAUCACCCUUGGCUCAGGAAGAAGUUGGAAGCAUCAGAUGCAUUGGGUUGAAUUACAAACAGCACGCAACUGAAGUGCAAAUGGACAUCCCCUCCAUCCCGACAGUUUUUCUGAAGCCCACUACGGCUAUUGGAGACCCUUGGCCUGCUCCAACUAUCCUACCCAAGCUUACGCAGCUCGAUAAUUCCGGGGAUUAUGAGUCGGAGUUAGCAGUUAUCAUUGGCAAGACUGCUAAGAACGUCAGUGAGGCCGAAGCUCCUGACUACAUUCUGGGCUACAUAGCCGCAAAUGACAUAUCAAGCCGGACCUCUCAGCUAAACCAGUCGCAAUGGUCCUUCUCCAAGGGCUUCGAUGGAGCAUGUCCGCUAGGUCCCGUCGUUGUAUCCACGUCUGUGAUUUCGGAUGUGUCAACUCUUUGGGUCCGGGGAUUGAAGAACGGCAAGGUUCUACAGGACUGUGGCAUCAAUGAUCUCAUGUCGACCGUUCCCAAGCUAGUUAGCUUUCUCUCGCAGAGCACCACACUUUUACCCGGCACCGUUAUCAUCACCGGAACACCCUCCGGAGUUGGCAUGGCUCGGGCGCCCAAGGAGACGCUGAGACAUGGGGAUAAAUUUGCAGUCGAGAUUUUGCCACACAUUGGAACGCUCUUUAGUGUAUUUGAGAAUGAAGAC